UUAUAAUCUUUUCACCCACAAUUCCAUCCAUAUACGUCAUGACGUAAGACGCACAGAGCGUCCUAGCGUGUUUAUUGAAUUUACGAGUGGUAAAGCAGUAAAGAUGUUCCGACCCAAACCCACACUGAAGGACAGACAGCAUCUCUACAGUUUGAUCAUCAGCCAGCUGCUGUAUGAUGGCUACACCACCAUCGCCAACAGCCUGAUCAGUGAAGUCAAACCCCAGAACGUUGUUUCUCCAUCAGAGCAGCUCAUGCAACUGGCCAAGAUCGGACUGGAGAACGAUGACAGCGCUGUGCAGUACGCCAUUGGACGCUCUGAGACUGUGGCACCUGGUGUGGGCAUCGAUAUGGAGUUUGAUGCAGAUGUCCAGACCAUGUCCCCGGAGGCGUCCGAGUAUGAGACCUGCUACGUGACGUCUCAUAAGGGUCCGUGUCGUGUCGCCACCUACAGCCGCGAUGGGCAGCUCAUUGCAACAGGCUCUGCUGAUGCCUCAAUUAAGAUCCUGGACACAGAACGCAUGCUGGCCAAAAGCGCAAUGCCUCUGGAGGUGAUGAUGAACGAAACAGCCCAGCAGAACAUGGAGAACCACCCUGUUAUCAGAACCUUGUACGAUCAUGUGGAUGAAGUCACCUGUCUAGCUUUUCACCCAACCGAACAGAUCCUGGCCUCCGGCUCCCGUGACUACACCCUUAAACUUUUCGAUUAUUCAAAGCCAUCAGCCAAAAGAGCCUUCAAGCACAUACAGGAAGCUGAAAUGUUACGCUCCAUCUCAUUCCACCCCUCUGGAGAUUUCUUACUGGUGGGUACUCAGCACCCCACCCUGCGCCUUUACGACGUCAACACUUUCCAGUGUUUCGUCUCCUGCAAUCCUCUUGAUCAACACACAGACACCAUCAGCGGAGUCUGUUAUAAUCCCACCGCCAAUAGUUAUGUCACCUGCAGCAAAGACGGCAGCAUCAAACUUUGGGAUGGAGUGUCCAACCGAUGCGUGACCACUUUCGAGAAAGCACAUGAUGGCGCUGAGGUCUGUUCGGCGGUCUUCUCCAAGAACUCCAAGUAUAUUCUGUCAAGUGGAAAAGAUUCUGUUGCCAAGUUAUGGGAAAUUUCCACCGGCCGGACUUUGGUGAAGUACACAGGCGCUGGGCUCAGUGGUCGACAAACACACCGAACUCAGGGUGUUUUUAACCACACAGAAGACUACGUGCUGCUGCCGGAUGAGCGAACCAUCAGCCUGUGCUGCUGGGACUCACGAACAGCCGAGAGAAAAAACUUGCUCUCGCUGGGCCACAAUAACAUUGUGCGCUGCAUUGUACACUCACCUACCAACCCAGGCUUCAUGACCUGCAGCGAUGACUUCCGAGCCCGAUUCUGGUAUCGCCGUACCACCACUGACUGAGAGACGCUUGCUUUGAAAUCAAAUGGGAAGGGUUUGAAUUUUCAUCAGGUGACCCCAAAUCUAGAUACCAACACUAUGUUAAGGGUUUUUGUUAUCAAAGGACAAAACCUGUAUUAACAUCUGUAACAUGUCACGAUGUUUGCUUCCCGUUUUGACUGCAGUACAUUGGUGUGACUGUUGAUCAUUUUUAGCAUUUUAAAAUAUUGGAUUUAGGACCAUUUGGUUACAGCUAUACAGUGAGCCAUAGCGCUGAUAUUUCAUUCACAACUAGAGACUAAACAUUUUGUUAUUUGUGUAUUUCUGAUCAAAGUAGACGAUUAUUACUGUACAUGGCAAGUGCCUAGAAAGUUUUUUUUUUAACUUUCAGUUUCUGCUGUUUUAUAUUAAAAGGCUCUUGGA